GGCUUGUGUAAGUUUCCCCACCGCUCGAUGCUCACGUUGCUCUCUGCUCGAUCUUGCAACUCUGUUGCACCAAACCAAACCACCAGUCAUUAAAACAUUGAAGAAAAGAAGUUGACGAGUGUACAUUACUACAUAACUGUGUGAUUAUUAAAUUCAAAUCACAAUGAAACAAUUAGCAAAUAAAAAAAAUCCUGGAAAAGUACAAAUUGAUAAACAAAUAUUACAAAAAUAUUCUAAAGGUCCUGGAAUUGACUUAAAAGAAAAAACAAGUGCAAUAAAAAAUAAAGUGCUCAGAGCAAAAGUAAAACACAAAGAACAAGCUAUAGAGAAGGCGAUUGAAGCUUCCGCCAGAACAGAAUUAUUAUUGACAGAAGAAAAUGGCUAUUUAGAAGCUGAUCCUGGAGAAAUCACUACUGAAUAUAAACAAAAGCAAAUUGUGAAUAAUGUAGAUAUAACAAGUGCAGCCAAACAAUUUAAAUUAGAUCUGCAGUUUGGCCCAUAUUGCUUCAAAUAUACCAGAAAUGGUAGACAUUUACUUUUGGGUGGAAAACAAGGUCAUGUGGCAGCUUUUGAUUGGGUGACAAAAAAACUAGCUUGUGAAAUGAAUGUAAUGGAGUCUGUGCAUGAUGUCACAUGGUUGCAUUUGGAAACUAUGUUUGCAGUAGCACAGAAAGAUUGGGUUUAUAUAUAUGACAAUCAAGGAGUAGAGUUACACUGUUUGAAAAGAAUGAAUGGUGUGACGAAAUUAGAAUUUUUGCCAUAUCACUUUUUAUUAGCCAGUGGGUCUAAAGAUGGUAAUAUGGCUUGGUUGGAUGUAUCUAUAGGCAAGCUCGUCGCCCGUUACAAUUCACAUCUAGGCCGAAUAUCUGUGAUGACACAGAAUCCAAGUAAUGCGGUAUUAUGUGUGGGUGAUUCAAAAGGAAUAGUCUCUAUGUGGUCUCCAAACUCUGUUAAACCAUUAGCAAAAUUACUCUGUCAUCACCAACCAAUCAUGACAUGUACUGUUCAUCCAUAUGGAACUUACAUGGCAACUAGUAGUAUAGAUAAAUCUGUCAAGAUAUUUGACAUUAGACAGUUAACAGGACCAGUAAGUCAUGUGCAUCUUCGUUCUGCUGCUCAUCAUAUGUGUUAUAGUCAACGUGGUUUGCUUGCACUUUCAAUGGGUAAUGUGGUAGAAGUUUACAGGGAAACAUCCGGUGAUUUUACGCCAUAUUUGCGACACAAGAUUGCUCGCAAUAUAUGUUGUGUAAAAUUUUGUCCGUACGAAGAUAUAUUAGGAAUUUCUACAACAAAUGAAUUUUCAUCUCUUUUGGUGCCAGGGAGUGCAGAAGCAAAUUAUGAUGCAUUCGAAGUUAAUCCUUUCCAAACUAAGAGUCAGAGGAGAGAGGCAGAAGUAAAGGCACUUUUAGAGAAAAUACAACCAGAAUUUAUUACUCUCGAUUCGACUGAUGUUGUUGAAGUUGAUACAGAUACUUUGAAGAACAAAGUAGAAGCAAAGAAAAACAUUUUGUAUAUUAAACCAAAAUCAAUUGACUUCAAACCUCGACAGACAAAAGCUAAGGGUAAAAAUGGUAUUGCCAAGAUAAUAAAAAAUAAAAAGAUAAUAAAAGAAUUAAAUCGUCGAGAAAUAAUCAAAGAUUAUAUUUGUGAAGCACGGAAAGAGACAUCGGAAAAGACAGACAAUCAAAAGAAUUACGGUAUAUUAAAUAGGUUUCUUAAAAAAAAACAAUAAAGUGUAACAUA